GUGGGCUCUUUGUUUCUGCGGAGUUUGUCUUCUGAAAGAUUGGCCGAAGAGCGGCUGUGAAACCUUUAGCUGUUAGCAUCGGCGCUUCCUGUCGGGUUUAAAGAGCGACUCACACACAAAGAAGGAAGCAGAUGGCAGAAGCUGUUCCAGAGAAAAGUCGUGGCUUGAAGUUUGCGGAGCAGCAACUCCUUCGUCACGGCUGGGAGCACGGUAAAGGCCUGGGUCGAGCUGAAAAUGGGAUAUCGGAGGCCAUCAAGGUCAAAGUGAAAUGUGACAAAGGAGGAGUUGGCCAUAAAGAAGGGGAGCAGUUCAGCUUCCACUGGUGGGAUCAUGUCUUCAAUAAGGCCUCCUCCAGUCUGCAGGUGGAGUCGGAUCAGAAUGGUAUAAAGUUGAAGAAGACUGCAGAAGAAGAGGGCGGGAUGAUCUCCAAUAAAAAGCCAAGGAAAGCGACGCUGGCCAAAGAUAAGCUGUAUGGAUGCUUUGUCAAGUCGGCCACACUGCUGUCCGGUCAGGAGCGGCCGGAGCCGAAGGCCUCCGGCUCCGAUGACAGCAGCAGCAGCUCAGACGAGGACGAUGACCGGAGGAUGGAUCUCUCCAGCACCACCAAACUCUCUGACGCUGACCUCAUGAAGGCCUGUGGAGGACGCACAGCUCACAAGGGAGCCAGGCACGGCUUGACCAUGAGCGCCAAGUUAGCCAGGCUGGAGCAGCAGGAAGCCGAGUUCAUGGCCAAGUAUGGCAAGAAGAGCCAAACAGGAAAUGCUUCACCAGUCUGUGCCACACCAACUCCUCCAACCUGCUAUUCGCAGAAGCAGGAGGAGAUGAUGGAGAACAGAAAGAUGAAAAUUAACGAGCAAAAUGGUGAAGUGUCUGAAACUCCUGAAACAGCUGUUCAACCUGAGAAGAAGAAGAAGCCGAGCGAUGAUGCUGAGGGUUUGAUGCCCUCAGAAAACUGUGAGGCAGACGGUUCACGCAAACACAAGAAGAAGAAGAAGAACAAAGAGACACUUUCAGCGGCGGUGACGGCUGAGCUGCACACCGACAAAGUGAAGAAGAAGAAAUCCAAACAUCGUGUCGAGGAGGAGGCCAGCGACAGUAAGGAAUCCAGCCAAUCAAAUCACACGGGACUGCAGGAGGCGGAGCUCACAGAGUCAACGGUCAGGAAAAGGAAAAAGUGUAAAAAGGACAAAAUAUCUGCAGAUGAGGAGGUCGUCCCAACAAAGAGGAAGAAAAAGAAGUGUAAAGAUUAGUGUGUGAUGCACCGUUUGUCUCACUGAUGAACUCAUUACUAAUUUAGUCUCUGGAGAGGACGCGCGUUCGCAGUGAGCUCAUCGGUGUGAAGCAGCCAAAGGUAAACAGGAAAAAGGCCACAAAGUGGGAGUGUGAUUUCUGACACGGCCGGUGAGAGUGCUUCCUGUUUACCUUUGAGUACUCAAUAUCAUCAGAUAUCAUGAGCUCGGAGCAGCUGUGGUGAGGCGUGUUAAACAGGAAGUGUGCGUCUUCUGAUCGGGGAAGCUGAUGGUGACCUUUUAAGACUGGAUUUAUUCGAUGAAAUGUGCCUCGAUCGGUCCGUCAGCCGACCCAGCUUCCCAAACGGAGUAAAAACCACGCCGGGGUGAUGAGAGCCGGAGUCGGUGUGAAACCUGAUGUCUUUAUUUUUACUGAGACAAAUGUAACGAGUGUCUUUGUGUUUUUACGGUAAUGAUGAAAGUGCUGAAUUUUAUAUGCAAAUGAAAUGAUCACUCAUUCUGAUAUUUACUUUUUAAAAUCACCUUUAUGUAAAAGUUUAAUACAUCAAAAAUGAACAAAUACACAAUAAAAUA